GAUUAAUCUUGUGGGGAGUGUUUAACAGUCCACUCAUCCUAAUGAUUUAAUUGGAAUGCAGUUUGGUCAUGCUGCGUGCCAUUCAUAAGAUUCUGUGGAGUUUCUCGGCGCAACAGCAGAAGGAGGGGCUCUCCUCUCCUCUUCUCUCCAUUCUUUCGCCUCACGCUGAUUCGGUGAUUCGGAUUCGGUCGCAGUCUCUCCUCGCCAUCCAGUCUGUAAAGAAAACAGCCUCUACAGCAGCUACCAGCCUGCAGCCACGAUGUUUUUGCCGGGAAGAGGAGAGGGGUUUGUGUUUUUGGUGGCGCACGCUGCGUCCCCCUGUGGAUCGUGGACAUUUCGCAGCCCGGUGUUGUUUUAGGUGCUCUGGAUGUCAGGGAGCACCAUCGUGCAUGGCUUUCAUUGACCUGCAUUUUCUGCUAUGCAUCCCUAAUGGGGGAAAUGUGGGUCGGAAGCUGCAAGCUGAGGUUCACCUUGCGCUGUGAUGACUGAUUCUUUUUUAUUUAUUUAUUUUUGCCCACGUUUUAUCAACAUAUUUGCUGAGAAAUUAUUGGCUGCACGUAUUUUCCUAGCUCUCGGUUCUGCAGUUAGGUUUUUUUUUUUUCACCGUAAUUUCCGCGAUCUGAACAUGCUUUUGUAGUUCCAGUGGCCAGCAUCUUCCAAAAAUAAUCAUCUAGGAUCUGUGCGUGGUCGAGAUGGAUGGCUGGAGCCGGGCAGCUACGGUGGGGGACGGUGCGGUGAAUUUCACAGCCGCCCGCCUGUGGCUGGAUCUCCUGAACGCAUCGGGCCGGUGGGACAGCAGCAGCAGCAGCAGCAGCAGUCCGCCUGCAGAGGGAACCGGGCUGCAGGAGCAGCAGGAGCGCCUGGUCCGAGAGCAAGCCUACCGGGACUUCACCACCACCGUCCAGGUUCUCAUCCUGAUCGGGUCGCUGCUCGGUAAUGCGACCGUGCUGUGGUGCACCUGCUGCACGACUGUCUUUAAAUCAGUUACCAAACGAUUCAUCAAGAACCUGGCGUGCUCCGGUAUCUGCGCCGGACUCGUGUGCGUCCCCUUCGACGUGGCGCUGGGGGCCAGUCCCCGCUGCUGCCUGUGGCUUCACACGCUGCUGCUCUGCAAGGUCGUCAAAUUCCUGCAUAAACUGUUCUGCUCCGUCACCGUGCUCAGCUUCAGCGCCAUCGCACUCGACAGGUACUACUCAGUUCUGUACCCGCUAGAGAGGAAAAUCUCCAAUUCCAGAUCUCGAGACUUGGUCAUCUACAUCUGGGUCCAUGCAAUCGUGGCCAGCCUCCCCGUGUUUGCCGUGACCAACGUUACCGACGUCUACGUCACCUCCUCCUGCUCAGAUGACCACGCCCGCUCCCUGGGUCACGUGGUCUUCGUGUUGAUCUACAACGUCACCACGGUGAUCUUCCCCCUGGCCCUGGUCUUCCUGUUCAUGCUCCUGAUCCGCAGAGCGCUCAGUGCCAGCCAGAAGAAGAAGGUGAUCAUCGCAGCGCUUCGGACCCCACAGAACAGCAUCUCCAUCCCGUACGUGUCGCAGAGAGAGGCAGAGCUUCACGCCACCCUGCUGGCCGCCGUGCUGGCUUUCUCAGCCUGCAGCGCUCCUUACGGAGCCUUGGUGGUUUACCGUACUGUCUUUGCAGACACUGAAGAGUUACCCGUCUCACUUUAUCUGACAGCCCUUUGGCUGCCCAAGGUUUCGCUUCUUACCAACCCAAUCCUGCUCCUGACGGUUAACCGCUCGGCCCGUCACAGCUGCAUGGAUCUGCUGUUCAGGAUUCACAGGCGUUACAGCCGCCGAAACGCGGUCACCACUGGCAGAUUGGCGUCUAUUGCGGGCGAGGGGCCAGUUGGGGAGCCAGUGGGCCUUGAUACAGCUGGUCGCUCUGGGAGCCAGCUUUUGGAGAUGUUUAACAUUGGCCAACAGCAAAUCUUUAGACCUUAUGGAGAGGAGGAAGAGGAAGAGGAUGUGAAGAAUGAGAUUCCUUCUGAAGCAUCAGGAGGCAACUCGGAGCGCAAGGAAAACCAGAAGGAUGGGUCAAGGCUGGGAAGCUUAAAGGGUGAAGUGAACAUACCAAAGGAUCCUGUUGGAGGGGUGAUCAUCACUAAAGAAGCCCCUGCUUCAGCUAAAGUGGCUCGGGCCUCUCCCGUUCACGCAUGCGCAUACACUUCCUCGUCGCAGGUGGCGCCCGCUACUCCCACAGAAGCGGAGGACUCUCCACAGUUCGGUUUUGGACCUUUUGAGCUGCCACCUCAGUGGCUUCCUGAGACCAGAAACAGCAAGAAGAGGCUGCUGCCUCCGCUGGGUAACACGCCAGAGGAGCUGAUCCAGACCAAACUGCCCAGGCAGCGGCCCGAGCGGCGGAUCAGCAGGAACAACAAGGUCAGCACGAUUCCUGUCGUGGAUCCGUGAACUGAGUCUGCACCACUGGAUACAACUCAGUGCAGGCAUUUAACAACAAUGGCUUCAUAUGGUUGGCUCGAACUCUAAUUUUUGACAAGAUUUGUCCUUUCUUUACUCGAACUCAGACUUUCCAGUUUACUAAACCAGAGGCACUGUGGAGGAAAAACGGUUUGAUAUGACUUAUUUGUAAUGUUUUAGUCAAGUUGACAAUUUUACCACAGCUUUGACUAAUCCUGGUUUAUAAUUAUAGAACAUAAUAAAAUGUUUGAGACGACAGAUGCCUUUGCAGAAAUACUCAUAGCACUUGAGCUUUUGAAAGAUUUUUUACAUUACAUUCAUAAACUUGACUUUAUUUGACUUUUUUAAUGUAUCUGAUGGACCAACACUAAGUAAGUACUUAAUUAAGUGGAAUAAAAAUGCUGCAUGAUUUUCCGUAAUCUUAGGCCAUCCUACUAUGCAAAAUUCACAUUUUGCACAUUUUUGUUCUUUGAUUUGAGUUUUUAUUGCUUCUGGUGUUUGGCAAUAAGUAAACCAUUUUUGGUGUCUGGAAAGUAACCUUCUGAAAGUAGCAUGACAAAUCAGCAGACACUGCCCCGUUACUUCACAACCCUAGUGAAGUUAGUCCGUCACCUGGGAACCCAAGCGGAUCUCCAGCAGAUUUGGUCAGCAGUACUCUGUGCAAUGGCUGCUGGAAAAGACAAGUGUUUGGUUCUUGACUUACCAUCCAUCAACCACUGGCUACAUUAUUGCUGGUUGUGCAGGAGGCUCUACUUAUGCUUUUCAAAGAUGUACGGUUGUACAAUUGUGCAACUGUUUGCAGCCAUUUUCACAUAUCACACGUUUUUUAUAUCCCAUAAACCUAUUCUGACAUGAUCAAGGAAGUAUAAUAGGUCACCUUUAAAGAAACAACUUGCAUCUGAAAGACUUUUGAUGAUACAUCAGGUCUCAUUUUCUUUGCAAGAUAAUUCAUGCUGUCAGAUUGGGUAGAGACUGAAGGUGAACAGCAGUUUUGAAGUUUUGCCACAAAUUCCAAGUUGGAUUUGGGCUAUGACUUUGACUAUGCCAUUCUAACACAUUAAGCCUCUCCCUGCUGGAAGGCAGAGCUGUAUCAUGUGGAAAGUUGUGUCUUGGUAUGUUUAUUGUGCCAUACUGUUUCCAUUUUUGGAUGACUGAGUGGAACAUCUGAGAUGUUCAAAGACCCCUGAUGGGAUUUUAUUUAAAGCCAUUCAUCAUUUUCUUAUGUCAUGAGUUACUUUGUGUUGGUCUUUCACAUAAAAAAAAACAAUAUAGUCCUUUGAAGAUUGUGGUUGUAACAGGAAAAAAUGUGCAAAAGUUCAAGGGGUGUGAGCAAGUUUGCAAGCUACUGCUUAGGCUGUCUGUGAUUAAAAACAAGAAAUCGAAUCAUAAUGACGGAUAUGUAAAAAUUUUGCAUAUAUUUCCACAAGCUAUUGCAAUAAAGACUCUUAAGUCUUGUAGAAAACUCUCCUGGUUUCACAGUUUGAUGAGAUUGUUCUCUAUUUCUGAACACAUCUCAAACCAUUUGUAACAAUUUGUCUUUUCAGUUUUCGCUGAAAUAUUUGAAAUCUGCAAUCUGAUUUCUACUCUUUGUUUUCUGCAGGUUCUCUGUCUCUACUAAUAUUUUACACAUUAUUAUUGUUCAUUCUUUUACUGUAUGUGAGUUUUAUAUGCUGAAAAGUGCAGAUGUGGAUUAUCCAAAUACAGGUUUUGAAUGACUCAAACCGAUUCCGUUUUUAUUGGGUAAAAAGUAAGAUGUAUAGAAACAAGAAUGAUUUAAAUGCCCUGAAUGUGUUCUACUGACUUCUUUUAGGUUUGCAACAAUCCUCUUCUAAAAAAAAUUAAGCAAGCAGAGACACACAAGCAUCAAAAGCUCCAACUGACUCUUCUAGCUCUGUCUUCUUCGUGAUGCAUAAUUCAAUAGUAGCCACUUCAACCUUAACCUUUGUCUGAGGCAAACAGAGCUGGGCUGCACCUCAAAUAUUUGCAGAUCAGUAUCCUCUGUUGAGGAUACCCACAAUGCUUUGCUAUGUCCACAAAGAACCUGAACGUCUGAUUCAUACCACCUCCAGUGGUAUCAGGAAAAAUGUGUCACGCCUUGCUUAAAAGAAUAUUGACAGCUAUAUGUUUUAAGCACAAAAAUAUGAAAUUCUGAUAUUUAUUUGGCACUUUUAGCAUUGCAAUAAUAAAAUACCUAGAAAGCAGGUUGUUGGUUUACAGUGACAUAAAAACCAGUGUCAUUGAUUUCUCCCAGAAUUUUAUUCUGGGUUUGACCUAAAAUUUGCCACCUGAUUUCACAGAUGGCUUAUUCAAACAUGACAACCUUUUAGUUGUGCAGUCAUAAAGUGCUAAAAGAACACAAAUAUGUUUUUGUUUCUUAACGGCAAAGAAAAUGAUUGCAUUUAUUCCAUAUUUUGUAGGAAGGAAAUAUUUUAUGGGGACAGUCCUGAUGAUUUUCAACAAGAACAUUGGGGCUUGAUGUUUCUGUCAUUGUUGUUUGUCUUAAACCAUGGACAAGUUUUCUAGGCUGAAUUAAUUUAAGUUGGUUGGCUUCCUCUUGCACAAAACACAAGAAAUUGUGCAAACAAGUUGCACAUAAGGGGGGACAUUUCUGUAAGCAUUUCUGUUCUGCCAGACUCUGCAGGGAAGCAAUAGCUUUUGGUUAAGAGUUUAGAGCUUACUGCCUGUGAAAAGCAGAAAUCCAAUGUGAAUGCUGACUUUUCCCUUAAUUUCAUCAUUUAAAAGCAUCUUCUCCUUUUGGCCUGGAAGAGUGUCUCCUAAUCUACUAUGCAAAGAAACUCUAGAGGAAAUCAGCAAAGAGGUUUGCUACAGACUCUUAGAGCGCAGGAAAUUAUAUGGGCUGCAAUCCAGACUGUGUAAGUACAGUUUAAUCUUCUUUGCAGGCCGCAUAAGAAAAAGCACAUGAAGAAUUAUUGAGUAACAGAAGCACAAAUCUGUAUUUUGUGAUCAGCAUUAGGUUUUUGUAACCAAAGUAGGAAUUGUUGUAGUUAUUCAGGUCGUGACUGUUUUUCCCUUCCAUGUAUUUGUUUCUAUGGAAAGUCGUCGUCAAGUAAGAUUGUGUUUGUAUUGUGGUUGCUGUCGGUGCAAA